CGCGAAGCAGGUUCAACCUUGGGCGCUCAUCAGCUUGGACAACGACGAAGACGACAUUGACGACGGCGGCAACGGCGGCGACAUGGGAGGAAGUCCAGCACCGGCAGCUGGAAGUGGAGAGGCUUCUUCAUCCACUGUCUCUGAGCUCCCGCCUCUCAACCACGACAUAUAUGCGCCGACAGGCCCCUUUCUCCAGCCAAAACCCAGCGGCUCAGAGUACGGACGGCCGAGCCUGCUGCGCGCUGGUUUCCCCCUCUAUCCGUCCUCUUCGCACUUUGUCGAGAGGCUCCAGAUCCACGUCACGGAUGUACUCGAUGACUUUGUCGACGACUGGACAGAAGCAGGCGAUGAGGAGCGCGAGUCCGGGCCCUUUGUCCUCUUUCGGAGGAACUGGGAGAACCUCAACCUCCAUAUGGUGCAGUUCUUCUGGAGCGAGAAUGCAGCGACACGGAUCGCCUUUUACGAGACGUGGACAAGAGUGUGCUUAGGUCAUCUCUCUCCCCUCCUGCCCAGCCAGGAAGAAGACGAUGUGGAGUCAAUUGAGACGAGACGGCUGCUCCUGCGAGCCGUCGGUGCCGUCUUCUCUGUCUACAUCAUCCGCUAUACUACCAUGCUUGGCACCAGGAUCCAGACGUGGGAUAGAAGAAAGAGACCGCUGGUUGACAUCGAAGCCGACCUCCACCGUGUCCUCGUCUCUUUACCAGAGCGCAUCUCCGACGAGGGUAUUCUCGCCGACGAGGCCUAUCUCGACUUUGCAUUCAUUUUCGAUGACCUGCUCGGAACCUCUCACGACGAUGGCUCCGCCUUUCACAUCCUUGCGCCGACUGAUCUCGGAGCGCGAAGGCCGCUUAUCACGAAUCAUCUGUCGACCCGUGCCUUUACGCAGCGUCAGAGUCGACCGUGGGGAACACUUCAGGAAGUCGAUGGAUCGACGAGAUACCCAUUGACCAAGUCUGAGCUUGGCCGGGCGCUCGUCAGGCAGAGACUCGGGCUUGAGCAUGUGGUGCCUGUUCAGCGCGAGCGGAAGGACACCCCUCUCCAUGGCCACACAGACGAGCUUACGUCGAGUCGGCACUCCAGCAAACGCCUUCGUCUUGAUCUGUCUGGCGUGUACCUCACUUCGGCACAUGGACCACAGAAGCCAAAGGACAAGGCCGAAAAGGAGCUCGAACAAAGCCUGCGCCGGGUGGCCGAAGCCAGGCAAGGCUACCUGGACGACGGCGACGUCGUGCGACGACUGCUGAGCAAGCAGGACACGACCAAGGAGAGAAGCAAUGAGCGCGCUUCUCCACUCAGCAAGCAAGAGUCUCCAGUCUCGCUCGAAGACAUUGUAGAACACGUUCAGGCAACGACGGGUCGUGCAAUCGAACGCGCCUACGAUGCGUUUCAGGAGCGCCAAAAGAACUCCCAAGAAGACCCCCAGAGAGGGUCCUCAUAGCGAGACUCGCCGUCUGGCUCCUAUUAGACGUAUCCCACUGUACCAUAUCCAUGCGCCUGACAUGUCCCACAUUGCUCAUCUUGUAAAAUUAUCAUUCCCAUAUGACUGGCCUCGCUCUCUUUUGCUGCUUUCGUGUCAUCUACACGGCCUCUUCCUCCUUGACGGCGAGGACCUUCUGCGAG